GGCGAGCGGAGGGGGGAGGCGGUGCUCGGCCCCCCCACCCCGGUCCCUCCCUGCUUCUCUCAUUCCCUCCCUCCUUCCCUUGCUCCGGCCCUGCCCGCUCCCUCCCGGCUCCCUCCUCCCCGGGCCGGCGCUGUGGGCGCUGAGCGCCCCGGGAGGCAGCGCCCGGUUCUCGGUUCUCCUCUCCCGGUUGCAUUCAAGAUGAGCGGAGGAGGAGAGGUGGUGUGUUCGGGCUGGCUCCGAAAGUCGCCGCCGGAGAAGAAGUUGAGACGAUACGCAUGGAAGAAGCGCUGGUUUGUCCUGCGCAGCGGUCGGAUGAGCGGCGACCCCGACGUCCUGGAGUACUACAAAAAUGACCAUUCCAAGAAACCCUUGCGUGUGAUCAACCUCAAUUUCUGCGAGCAAGUGGACGCAGGACUGACCUUCAACAAGAAGGAGCUGCAAGACAGCUACAUCUUUGACAUCAAGACCAGUGACAGGACCUUCUACCUGGUGGCUGAGACUGAGGACGACAUGAAUAAGUGGGUUCGCAGCAUCUGCCAGAUCUGUGGUUUCAACCAGUCCGAGGAGAACACAGAUGCCCUGCGAAGCAUCGUCUCCAUGAACCAUGCACCACGAUCCUCACCAGCAGAGCUCAGUGGUGCCAACCACCACCUGCUGCGUGAGCGCAAGUCCUCGGCGCCCUCCCACUCCAGCCAGCCCACCCUCUUCACCUUUGACUCUCCCGCCGGCCACCUCCAGAGCACCCUCUCUGCCAGUGCCCCCCAGGAUUACCUUUUCCUCCACCAGUGUAUGAGCAGAAAGUCGGAAAACGCAAGGAGCGCCAGCUUCUCCCAAGCCACGAGGUCCUCCUUUUUCAUGCGCAGCGACACAGCUGUCCAGAAGCUCUCGCAAGGCAAUGGGCACUGCGUGAACGGAGUGGGUGGGCAGCUCCAUGGCUUUUACAGCCUGCCAAAACCCAGCCGACACAACUCAGAGUUCAGGGACAGCGCGUACGACCUCCCACGCUCUUUUGGUUCCUACACACACCCCAAGCUGAGCCUCACCAGUUCCGAAACAGAUAACGAGGAAGUCUACACCUACAAGACUCCCAGCAAUGCCUUAUGCAAGGAAUUUGGGGAGCUCUCCACGGACUCCUAUGAUAUUCCCGCCACCCCGCUCUCUGUCUACCAGAUCCCCAGGACAUUUACACUAGACAAGAACCACAAUGCUCUGGCUGUGGCCGCCAGUGACUCACCCACCAUGCCACCCCCACGGCCUCCAAAACCUGGGCAGAUGGAGCCACGAUGGGGCAGCCCACCCCAGCGACCCCAACCCAGUGAAAGCUUAGGGUUGGCCCCCAUGGCAGCCACCAUUCCCCGGAGAAACACACUGCCAGCAGUGGAGAACAGCAGGCUGCACCGAGCUUCUUCUUGCGAGACGUACGACUACCCCCAGCACGGGGGCAGCAGCUCCAUGCAGUCGGUGGAGUCCAUGAAUGAUGGGUACAACUCCUACCUGCAGGCCAAGGCUGUGGUGGCCCGCUCCCACAGUGCUGACUCCGAGGACAACUACGUCCCCAUGAACCCCGGUUCCUCACGCCUGAUCCACACUGAGAAAGCCAACGACAACGCCCAGAGUCUCUACAUCCCCAUGAGCCCUGGGCCACAUCACUUUGACCUGGUGGGAUUGUCCUCGGCCACUCUCCCCAUGCAUAAAGGAGGGGCCAUGGCCCAGUGCCACAGGCGGCUGAGUGAGAUCCAGCCCCCACCAGUCAACCGCAACCUCAAACCCGAUCGGAAAGCAAAGCCAUCACCGCUGGACCUGAGGAACAACACUGUCAUCGAUGAGCUUCCCUUCAAAUCUCCAGUGACAAAAUCCUGGUCCAGACCAAGCCACACCUUCAACGCCGGCUCUUUGCAAUACUGUCGACCUGUCUCCUCCCAGAGCAUCACCAGCACUGACUCAGGAGACAGUGAAGAGAACUACGUGGCGAUGCAAAACCCCAUUUCUGCUUCUCCUGUUCCUAGUGGCACCAACAGCCCAGCGCCUAAAAAGAGUUCGGGUAGUGUGGAUUAUCUUGCCCUGGACUUCCAGCCAAGCUCACCAGGGCCACACAGAAAGCCCUCCACCUCAUCAGCUGCCUCAGAUGAGAAGGUUGACUAUGUGCAAGUGGACAAGGAGAAGACACAGGCGCUGCAGAGCACCAUGCAGGAGUGGACUGAUGUGCGGCAGUCCUCAGAAGCCACCAAGAGCACCAAGCAAUAGCGGCAGGGCAGACACCUAACAGGCAAAUGUCCCAGGGGUUCUCCCAGCUUGGGGCCCUACCAGACUUCCAGCUCCAUUUGGACUGGAUUUCUCUAAAACUGCUGUCUGUGUGGAGGGGAAGGGUUCUUUAUUAUCAUUUUCUUUUAAGACAAAAGGAACUUAAUUGCAGAGGAAGACUUGGCAGAUACUGUUUGCCAGUGAUAAAGGUCAACUGUAUUUGUUGGCUGGGUUUGUGCUUUAGCUGCUGAAUGCACCAUCCAGGAACUUUGAUGUAGCAAUACCAGGUUCCACCUUACACAUUUGUUGCUUACAGUUAUUAAAGCCACCUUGUAUAUGCUAAUACCAUCCUUCCCUGCCUUCUUCCAUACCAUGCCCAUAAACUGUGCCACUUAGGUUUGGCAGCAUCUCUUCUAGGACAUCAUUUCCCACCACCAAUUCUCUUCUCCUUAUGGUUGCCUUCUUCUCAGCAUCCACUCAAUCCCAAACCUGAGCAAAGACCAUUCCUCUUUGACUUUAUUUUCAUCAUCCCAUCUAUUGUAAAUAGUGAUGUGUUCAAAACUUCUGAUAGUUUUUCUCACUGUGGGACAGCCUCUGUGUUUCUGGUAGUGAUUUGUAACCAUGAUGAGCUCGAAGAGCUUCCAGACUGCCUUGUUGAGCUGGCUUUGCAGUCCAGGACUUACCCCACCGUACAUACAUACACCAGCACGUACUCAGACACUUGCAUGCAUGCAGGAACACCCAGGUGUGAUGGAGUGUCUUUUAUGGUUGACUCUCAGAGUCAUUGGGUUGGAGAUGCUGGCUUUGGAUGGCAGAAUUUCAGCCUCUCUGAAGCCAAUUGCCUGUGAAUCUGGCCCUAGGAACCAAAACCUACCUUUUGUGGCACAAAAAUAAGCCCAGAGAGGAUGAGUCCUACCCUUGGCUAUCUGUAUGAGGCAUUCAGAAGGGCUGUGGGGCGCCUGUGUACCUGGGUUGAUGUGAGGUUGAGUGAUAAGUGGGAGGCAAGAGGAGAUGUAGGGACCAGGAGAAGGCAGAUGUUGUACCUCAGAAGUUGGACUUGGGUGAGGGGCUUCUGUGGGCUUUAUCUGGGGUGAAAGGAGUGGAAUAACUGAAAUGUUUGUCAGUGGUGAAGCCCUAGGCUUGGAAAGGAGCUGGCCAGAAGAAGCAGGACAGGGUAUUUCAGUGUUAAAUGUAUUGUAGCAUAGAGCUGGUUCAUGCUGGAAGCAAAGGAUUGGUCUAAAUAUUGUUCCUCAUCUUUGGUGAUACCUCUUUGAUACAGAUGGGACUUUGUGAUGGUCACGACCCCAGGUUCUGAUAAUGGAUGGGAAGCUGCUGUUCCACUGCCUGCAUCUUUGACACAUGGAGGCUUUGGGAUUGUUCCCCAAGCAGCUGCCGCACAUGGAGAGUAGAGAAGGAAGAGGCAGCUUAUUGCAAAGAUAAUUACUCAUGAUCUCAUGAAAACAGGAAGAACUAAUGAUUGCCAUGGAGCUGCCUGAUUGCCAGACAGCAAGCGCUGACACAGAUAAACAGACUGACUGCAUAUCGAGAGCUAAACAAAAGGCACGUUAGAAGGAUUAGGUAAUAACAUUUGCUAAACAGCUUGAGUUAUUCUUUCUUCAAGAUGGACCCCUCCCAGCACCAGGAGCUCUACUUCCCACAACCACCACCAAGAAAAGCAAUCGUUUGUAUUAAGUAUUGAUGCUUAAGUGUUAACACAGUUGUUUAAUCUUGGCCUGAGUUUGGAAAGGGUCAGAUGCAUCUCACAUGGGUACAGGAUGCCAGACCCUUAGAGGCUAGGAUCUGCCUCAUAAAAUAAGUCCUCAGUUUCCAACACACGUUUGUGUUUUCCUCUGCCCUGCCAUGAAAUGGGACGAUCUUAAGGGAAAAGCUCUGAUGACCCUUUUAAGACAUUGCAGUGUUGGGCUUUUACAAGAAUAAUGGAGCAAAUAUCCUCAUGCUUAUGGUAAAAAUAAUAAUCAUCAUCUAGGAGAGAGAUGAGAGAAGUCCCAAAGGGGAAGAUUUAGCACAGCCAGAUGCUUUGUGAAGACCAGGGCCUGUGCUUCUCAUUGUGGACUUGAACGCUUGCAUGGUGAGAUAAUGAAAUGAAGAGCAGAGUGCAGUGCUUCAUCUUUCUAUAGCCCCUUUCAUCACCACUUCUCAGGGGAGACAAAACAUUGGGUCUGGUCCAGAGCCCACUGAAGUCACUGUAAAGGCUCCCAUGAAGCUCAGUGAGCUCAUUAAGAGGAUGUGGAGAGAUCUUCUGGCCUUGGCAUCCCAUGGGUGCCUGAAACACGAAGGAAAAGCCAGUCCCAUGGAUCUGGUGUGCAUUGACCUGGCUGGAAGUGAGCUCUGCACAGUCCCUGUGGAAAGGCAAAGAACUUGGCUUUCCUAUUUUGUCCCCCAACCUGCUCUAUACAAAGGAAAAUCAGGUUGGGGAGGAGGGAUUAUGAUGUACACUGAACGCAUUUCCCUGCCAAAAUCAUGCUGUUUGCCUCCUAAAAUGCAGCCUUCUCUGGGUGGAUGGCAGCAGAAACUUCAGAAAUAGCCCUUCAUGUUGCUUGGGGUCUCUCGCAGUGCAAUUAUGCUUGAGGUGAAACUGAGCCAGCUUCAGGCCAAAGAAAGCUUGAGCCACACCAAAAGCAUGAAAAAAUCAAGUUGUAAUUGUAAUUUUCUUCACUUUUCUGGCCAAGUGCAUUAGAUAUAUAUCCAGUUGUUUGGAGCACGGUCAGAAAUGUGUCUUCUACCUCAUGUGAGGCUGGGAGAUGGGGAGUGCAGCGUUUGAGGCACAGACUCAGAUGUGAAUGAUCCAAAUCGUUUAUUACAAGUUCUCACAUCCCUUAUAUACCUUUACAAGUUGUUAUUUUCUAACUUUCCCGUCCGCCCUUACAA